CGCAAAACAUAAAACAAAAUGGCGGUAAUGAAAUUAAAUAGAUUUUGUUGUUGUUGUGAAUUAAAAAUUGGAAUUCAAAUAAUUGGUACUUUGGGACUACUUGCAUAUAUAUUUGCGGCUAUAGUCCCAUUUGUUGGUAAUGAUCAGUUGUGUACAGAUUUGUAUUAUGACAAAUGUGGAAAUUUAACGAGGGGUGAAAAAACAGGAAUUACUUUAUUUAAUUUAACUGCGGUUGUUGUUAUUAUAUUAAUGAUAUAUGGAUCGAACAAGAAUAUUCACGCACUUAUGAUACCGAUGCUCGUGACGUACGGAAUUACAAUAACUUGGACGUUUAUUAGUUUUUUGUUGGCAUUAGUUCAGGCUUGUAGAAAAAUAGACAACUCUAACGAAAUAGUCAUCCUUUUACUUGAAGGUUCUUUUACAGCGUUAUUUGUCUACUUUUGGAUGAAAACCUAAAAUUGAAUUAUUUAUUUUAAAUUCCACUAUUAUUGCCUUGAUAAUUACGUCAGCGGUUACUGUGAGAAUAAAUAAAUAAAAAAAUAAUAUGAAGAUCUAUACAUCAAAAACUGAUUUGAACCUAAAUGUGGCAACUUUGUCCACUUUCACUAAGUUCAGGUUUAAAUCAUCAUUUUAUUAAGAUUACGUAAGCCUCCAAAGCUGAAAUUUACAAUCGUGAGCCGCUACCAAUUAUUUUUUAGUAGCAGCUACUGAUUGACAAUCGUGAGCCG